CAGCUGAAAUCCGGUGAAAACAGGGCUUUGGUAAAACCACGUAUCAUUAGCGAAUCACGAUGCGAACUGCAACUUUUGCAUCAGCGAGCAUAAUUAUCCAAUUGGCUGCCCUCGUUAUUGCCGGCGAUGCUUUGACCUUCAAAUAUCGCUCCUUUCCCAAAACCCAGAUCCAGAAAUCAUCAUGGCCGGCCAGUAUGCCAAAAAUUCCCGCUGGCACCAAAACCAAAACUGUGCCCCAGCCUGCUGGCUCGGGGCUGCUUUCAAAACGCUUUAUUGAAAAGCAAAUUGUGGGAGGCAGUAGCGCGUCCUUGGGUCAAUUUCCUUGGCAAGCCUUCUUGGGCAUUGAGAGCAGUUAUCUUUGCGGCGCGUCUCUCAUCACAACUAUGUGGGUCCUCAGCGCUGCUCAUUGCCACGGUUCGUACUAUGUGGUGACCCUUGGCUCAAUUUCACGGUCGACGCCAUCAUCCGGAGCCGUCAGUUUGAACACCGCCAUCAGUUAUGUUCACGAGGGAUACGACGAUAACAAUUUAAACAAUGACAUUAUGCUCAUCAGACUCCCUUCAAAUGUUACCUUGACAGACACGAUCAGGACGGUGUCUUUACCACCAAAUACUGCUGGGUCGUUUGCCGGAGAAUUGGCCACAAUUAGCGGUUUUGGAAAAACGAGUGAUGCAGCGGGCCCAAGCGCAACGUUGAAUUUUGUGGACAUGACGAUUUUAAAUAACACACAAAGUGCAGUUUAUUAUGGGGACUACAUCAUUGGUACAACUAUUUGCGCCCAACAACCCACUAAAUCCACUUGCCAGGGAGAUAGCGGUGGGCCUCUGGUUUUGAAAAAUAGCGACGGCGUUUGGAUGCAAAUCGGAAUUGUUUCGUUCGGAUCGUCCUCUGGAUGUUUAGCGGCCCCAUCAUGUUUUUCAAGGGUUUCUUCAUAUAUUGACUGGAUAUCACAAAAAAUCAGCAGCGACAGCGACGGCUCCUCUACUAGUACAACUAGUGCGGUUGGCACAGAUUCAACGUCAAGCAGCACAAUAACCACCAAAACCACCAAAACUUCAACAAAGAAAACCACCACCACGCAAGCGCCUAAACUGCUUAAUUGCGCCGACAAAGAUUUCUCUGAUAUGGGCAAGUGUUGCAAUCCACGCACUAAAGAAUUUGCGCAAGUGAAGGGAGACUCGGCUUUGAAGGCCUGUAAAGGAAACGCUGCAUCACUGAACAUAAUAAACAAAUAUGUUUUGAACAAGUUCCAACGCCCAAAGUUCAGCAACGCUAUUAAUUUCAGCGACCCGAAACUGCAACAGGCAUUCGGGCAGGAAGCUUGCUUUUUGAAUUGCUAUCUGGGAAAUAAGAGCAUAAUUCAAAAUAACGUGCUUGAUCGUAAUGCCUUCCUGCAAGAUUUAAUACUAAAAGGUCAAGAUAAUCAGGAUUGGAUUUCAAUUUUAAACGCAACUAGUUCUAACUGCUUUGAUAUUGUUGACGGACUUGGAGCGCUCACUUUCAAGCAGGGCAAAAAAACUUGCGAUGGAACCGCCGUGGUAGCUUUGCAGUGCAUCCAAUAUUUCAUAAUUGACCUGUGUCCUGAUUUUGGUAAUGCUUGUUCCAAGAAGUACACAUUCUUCGAUACUUGUGCGCAAAACAAUAUUUUCGGCACGUCCGCUUCCACGCAAAAAAUGAGGCAAAAUAUCAUAGCGGCAGCUUCUUCACUACACAACUCCCAUUUUGGGAAUUCCAGAACAUCGGGCCGAUAGGAACCAAAAUGCUUUCAUAAUUUUGCUUUAUUCCAACUAUGAUUGGCUCAGAAAGGAGUUUAAACUUUUAAUAUUAUAUAAAUUUAAACUAAUUGGCACUCAAACGAACAACAAAAAUAUUAUUAAUUGAACCUCAAAAAAUAAAAAAUU